GUGGCUAGGGAGGGAGGGGGGGAGUCCAGUCACUCCAGACAGGAGGCGCUGGCAGGACACGGCUUAGUUAGAAGACACUCGAAGUCAAACAUACCCGCCUGUGCAAGCCGCUACGCUUCACCAACUAUUCUCGUGGUUGUUUAUUUGACCACGGCAGCCAUUCGGGUCCUCCUGUCGCCGUCGCUGUCGAGGGCGGUGGUGUAGCGCCGCUGGAGUGCUGGGGACGGACCAUUGCGAUGAGGAACAUGCACUGACCGGAUUUGAAGUUUACUCCUGUCUGUAUCGACGCGUUGGUAUUCUUUUAAAUAGGUUGAAAAUGCCCGUGAAAACCAAAUACAACCUGGUGGAUGACGGGCAUGAUUUGAGGAUCCCGCUCCACAACGAGGAAGCGUUCCAACAUGGAAUCAACUUCGAGGCAAAGUACAUCGGCAGUCUGGAUGUGACACGACCGAGCAGUCGAGUGGAGAUCGUGGCUGCAAUGAGAAGAAUAAGGUAUGAGUUCAAGGUGAAAAACAUAAGAAAGAAAAAGGUCAGCAUCAUGGUGUCUGUUGAGGGCGUAAAAGUCUCCUUAAGAAAAAAGAAAAAAAAGAAGGAAUGGAUGUGGAACGAAAAUCAAAUGAUGGUGAUGCAGGACCCCAUUUACAGAAUAUUCUAUGUGUCUCAUGACUCACAAGAUUUAAAGAUCUUCAGUUACAUUGCACGAGAUGGGCACAGCAAUGUCUUCCGGUGUAACGUUUUCAAGUCCAAAAAGAAGAGUCAGGCCAUGCGCAUUGUCCGCACUGUUGGUCAGGCAUUUGAGGUCUGUCACAAACUGAGUAUGAAGAAUGCACAUCAGAACACAGAUGGACAGGUGGACUGCCACAGUGAAAAUAAUGGCAACAACUCCUCCAUUACAGGAGUGCGUGCUCAUCCACCUGUAUGCAUGUGUCUUUUAGUUGGCUCAGGUGGAGAGCUAACAGGAGGAGCAGAGAAUGCUACAACUGCUGCAGAGGAGACAGACAUCGAUGCUGAUGAGACAAAUCAGCUGCCGGUUGCUGACGAGCUAAACAUUAAUAGAGGGGUGACAGAUCUGGAUGCCACAGCCAAGACAUCAGACCUCAACCACUCAGAAAACAUGAUUUCAGAGGAAGCGUCCUUGCUGAUGUCCAGCCCCAGGUUGCUGCUCCCUGCAUCAAGUGUGCUUUCACCUGGCACUCCCUUGUCUGUUCACCAUCAGAUCCAGCUGCUCCAACAGCAGCUUCAGCAACAGCAGCAGCAAACACAAGUCGCUGUGGCACAGGUUCACCUCUUGAAAGACCAGCUGAGUGCAGAGGCCACAGCCCGACUCGAGGCGCAGGCCCGAGUUCACCAGCUGCUGCUGCAAAACAAAGACCUACUGCAGCAUAUCUCGCUCCUGGUUAAACAGAUCCAGGAACUGGAGACCAAGAUCACUGGACCUAACUCCAUGGGAUCCCAGGACAGUUUGUUGGAGAUCACCUUCCGAUCCACAGUGCCCCCAGUAAUCUGUGACCCGAUUACACCUCAACCGGAGGUGUCUGCCCUGAACCUACCCCAGCUUUGCACCAGUGACAGGACCAUUAAUGCAUUUGCAUCUUCCAAUGGGAGUCUGGGAAGCCCACUAGUUGAUCAAAGCAUGUUUGAGAAUUCUGUUGCCCAGCAACAGAGUCCCCAGACCACUAGGCAAGGCCAGCCCUCGACCAAACGAACCCCAGCAUCCCCUAACUCUCACCUGGGUGUUGGUUCCUCGGAUUCUCCUUCCUCUGGGGGCCAACAGAGACUGAAAAAUGCGAUUAAUCUGGGCAAGGCUGUCGGAGCAAAGAUGAAUGACCUGUUGAGGAGAAAGGAAUCGAGCCAUGUUGGGGACAUUGGGGUCACCGAGGUCAACAAGAACGCUGGUGCUGUGUGGAGUUGCAUGGACCAACUCAACCAAAAUUCUGCAAACAGUCACUUUUCCUUUGACUCCAUCCCUCGGUUGGACCCACCACCCCCAUCGGGAAAGAAGCGCCUUCCUCGGGCAUUAAAGACCACCCAGGAUAUGAUGAUCUCCUCUGACCCAGUGGUCUCUUCUCUGGAUGCUGCAGAUUUGUCCUCCUCAAUCUCCUCCCCCAACAAGACACCCCUUAUCACCAAGGAGGAGCCUCAAAGCACAGAGGAUGUGCAGAAGAGUGAGCUUGACGACGGGUCAACAGAUAUCCACUCUGCUGUUCAACAAGCUGAUAAAACAUCUGCAGUUGAAGAGACAGAGAUAUUGGAAAGCAAUGGAAAGGUGGAUGCUGUGAUAUCUGAAGAAGAAUCAAGUGGAGGAUAUGCAGAGGAACGCCAGCUCCAUAUAUCUGUACCAGACCUCAUCAACAAAGAUCCUCCAUUAGUGGAGCCCAGAGCUAAAACCGGCGAUGUCUGGCAGAAGCCACCAGAUCUGGACUCCAGGCUAGCCUCCACCCCAUGCUCUGGGAAAACUCACUGCCGCAUCAGCCUGAGCGAGGAGGUCUUGAUGGCAAACAGCAAGAAAGACAACGAAGUGAGUCUCGAGGACACAGAGCCACACCCGGAUCUGCUGUCCUUUGAUUAAGUCCAAGAUACCAUUGCAGUAUGAUCGUCAUUGGUCUUCAUUUUCACUCAGUGACCAAGGACACACAAACCAAUUAAAAUGCACUCCAAUCUAACGAUUUUAGAAGAUGGGCCAUCCUGCUCGAGGGUUAUUUGGAAAAGGGAACAAGUGAGUUGAGAAACCAUAAGAGACCAAAUGUGUUUUUCAUGUGCUUUUGUAACAUUUACUAGCCAUUUACAGUCAAAGUACAGCUUUCCAGGGCUGUUCGUUUUCUGGAAAACAUCGUCCAUGUGAAAGAAUAUAAAACAAAAAGUUGUGAAGGUGAUAUACUGUAUGUUUGAAAAUGAUGAAUGACCACUUUUGUUUUUACUGACAUAUCUGAUUCAGUAAUGAAGUAACCAGUAAUGCAACACUGAAUAAUACAAAUGUAAUGAAAAAACACCGGUAGGUGAGAGUUUUAGGAACACUCAUUCAGGUGUAGAGAACAUUACUCUGAUUGGUUCAAAUUAGUCCCCUCUUAUUUUUUUUUAUUUUUUUUGAUUACACACAAAACAAUGAUAACAAACAAAUUAAUAGGCAACUAACUAACUUCCAAAAGUAUUUGUAGUGUAUGGUUGGAUUCAACAAAGUAGUACUAAAAUAUAAUGGAGAUGUUUCAUUGAGGAGAAUUCCAGAACUGGCUUCACUAAAAUUAGUUCGCCAUGCAAAAACUAGUUCAUAGCUGAAUGGACUAAUGGAUAAACGAAUGUAUAGAAAGUGAUUUGAUGAAAAUGGGGUUUUAAGGAGAAAAUGGCAGACCAAAGACAUGAUUGCCUUAAUUUGUGUUUGUCAUAUUAUUUUCUACAUGUUGUCUUGAGUGUAAGUAAUAGAAGAGAAGUAAUAAUUAAUGCUAGAGACUUUUUCAAUCCUGAUUUUAUUCAGCUUGUUUGCAGCCAUUUUGUUCUUUCUAUUGCCACCAAGGGAUUUGUCAAGUUUUUUGUUCCGUUCAAGCUUUCACAGUUGAGUUCACUUUAGAACAUUUCUUUACUCCCUCAAUGAAUGUCUUAUAUUGAUUUUCUGACAGUGUUAUUAUCUGUGGAUGAUAUUCUCUGGGAUGUUCUCAAUGUAUAAAGGUGGAACUGGAGGAAUAUACAUAGAUUAUAUAUGUAGGGAUUUACAUAUUUUUACUAUUUACUGUUAUAAAAGAGGACCAAAGCACACUACAUGUUUCCAUUUAGCUUGUAUACUAUUUUUAUAUUUCACCUCUUGUUGUACAUCUUUGGCCCUGGAAAAGUCUCAAACACAGGUCUCAAACUCAAUGCCCGGGGGCCAGGUUUGGCCCCCCACAUCAGUUUAUGUGGACUGCUGACGCAAUCCAUGAUUCUUACUGAAAUCUGUCCCAAAAUUUCAAAUUUGUCUUAUGUAACAAAUAGGGUUGGGAACCAUAAACCGAUGCGACGGGAUAUCCGUUCAUAAAGGCGAGAGAUACGACUUUGGAUACAAAAUCCACCAGGAAUCCUUCGAUAUAUCAAUUGUAGGGCUGUGGACCGGAUAUCACGAGGAUAGGAAUCAGUUGCGUGAGGCUUUAUAGCUUUCAUCUUGUAAAAAAGUGCGAGGUCUCACCUUGUGUUCCGCAGGUAACUGUUUACAACCAAAUACAGUGGUGGAUACUGGCGACACUACGAGUUGAACUACAUUUCUCCGUAGCGUCACGAUUUCAACAUCAAAUAACUUUUAAGUAGUUGAAGCUAGGCCGGCACGGUGACCGACUGGUUAGCACAUCUGCCUCACAGGUCUGGGGACGGGUUCAAAUCCUGCCCUCGCCUGUGUGGAGUUUGCAUGUUCUCCCCGUGCCUGGGUGGGUUUUCUCCGGGAACUCCGGUUUCCUCCCACAUCCCAAAAACAUGCAUGGUAGGUUGAUUGAGGACUCUAAAUUGCCCGUAGGAGUGAAUGUGUCUGCGAAUGGUUAUUUGUUUCUAUGUGCCCUGCGAUUGGCUGGCAACCGGUUCAGGGUGGACCCCCUCCUCCCACCCGAAGAUAGCUGGGAUAGGCUCCAGCAGCCCACGACCCUAGUGAGGAUAAGCGGUAAAGAAAAUGGAUGGAUGGAUGGAUAGUUGAAGCUACUUUCGUGGUCGAUAGAAAAGUAACGUUCCGACAGUAGUUGUAAACAUUGAAUGCAACGUCAGGUUACGUACCUUAUCUCAAGUCCGCUGAAAAUGCGAUUGUAAACAUGCAGACAAUAUGGCAAAGGUUGGUACGUCUCGGCCAUUUCUUUGGGCCGUAAUUUGGCAAACUAAUGCUUCUUCUGGAGUCCUCGCAGUCCACUUAUACGUUCGUGUUGGUACUGUGCCACCCUAAAAAGAAACUUCCGAGAGGACACACAGCCAGGUAUGUCCCGAAGCUGAAACAAAAAUCGCCAGUUGAAGUAAGCUAGUCAUCACGACUUAAACGUUCAAAAAGUCAGUCAGCACUCAGCAAGCACCAAAAAAAAAAGCAGUGCGUGUGUGCAGUGGCGGUCCUAGCUUGAAUGGCACGGUUUGCGAGACUCCCUAUGGCUCUUUAAAUAUUGUUUGUGAAGAGAAAAAUCUUCGAAAAGAAUUGUUGUAUUGUUGUUUUCUAUUUAAAUAAUUAAUUUGAUAUUUUAAAAAAAAAAAGUUUUUUUUUUACAGUGCCAUAAAGCAACAAUGCUUAGGGUUAAGUGGUCUUUUACAUGUUUUAAAAUACGGUUAGACAAAUGUCACAUGUUCAAAUGUUAUCACAUUUUUUCUGCACUGAAUCGAAUCGAGGAUCUUUUUGCUCCCAUACUGAAUCGAAUCGUUCCGCCCGUAAAGAUAUCGUUAUUGAAUCGAAUCGCUACUUGUGUAUCUAGAUCUCUAUCGAAUUGCCCUCAUGCCAGAGAUUCCCAACCCUCCUAACAAAUACUAACUGAGAUAUUACGAAAAAAAAUUUCUUCCGAAGCCCGUUUUUGAAACUCGAUGAAUAGUUAAACUUCUGCUGAUUUCAAAACUAGUUAGUUAGGCUCCAGCACGCCCGCGACCCUAGUGAGGUUAAGUGGUACAGAAGAUGGACGGAUGGAUGGUUUCACAGUCAUAACGGCCCUUGAUACCGUAACUAUAGUGGGGCCCGUGACAAAAAUGAAUUUGGCACCACUCGUCUAAACAGUUAGUGGAGCCCAAUAGUGAGCUGUAUCUGUGCAUUAAUGUAUAUGAUGCCUUUGGGAGACACAAAUUUGAGCUGUAAACAGUGCACACAGAUUCCAAACCCCUGUAAAUGACAAAGUGAGGUGCUGAACUGGCCUCUCAAAAUAACCAGUGGUCCUUAAAGGGACUUUUUGACCUCUUAAACUAGCAAAAAUUCCUGAAAGACACAGAGCCAACUGUCGUUAGGGUAGUGGUCGGCUCAAUAAAAGGAAUGCAGAGCUGGACGGCGUUCGAGAAAAGGCACUAUUUUUCAAUUUAUACUCUGUCUAUUUCUAUCUUCUGUCUUUGUCAUGCAAGCUGCCCUGUCCCGAGAAGUCUUUAACUUUAUACCCCAUAUGGCUCAUUCACAUAAGCACUCACAGUUCAAGAGUUGUAACUCAGCUGACAUUCCAGUCUGUUUUAUGGCCACACUCACAAACCUUUCUAGUAGCUGGCCUUGCUUAAAAACCAAUCUCUCCCUGCAAAUUGUGAAAUAUAUAUAUAUAUAUAUAUAUAUAUAUAUAUAUACACACACACACACACAUGCGCACACACACAGUGGGUACGGAAAGUAUUCAGACCCCCUUAAAUUGUUCACUCUUUGUUAUAUUGGAGCCAUUUGCUAAAAUCAUUUAACUUCAUUUUUUCCCCUCAUUAACGCACACACAGCACCCCAUAUCGACAGAAAAAAACUAAAUUGUUGAAGUUUUUGCGGCUUUAUUAAAAAAGAAAAACUGAAAUAUCACACAGCCAUAAGUAUUCAAACCCUUUGCUCAGUAUUUAGUAGAUGCAUCUUUUUGAGCUAAUACAGCCAUGAGUCUUUUUGGGAAACAUGCUUUUUACUCCUGGAUUUGUGGAUCCUCUGCCAUUCCUUGCAGAUCCUCUCCAGUUCUGUCAGGUUGGAUGGUGAAUGUUGGUAGACAGCCAUUUUCAGGUCUCUCCAGAGAUGCUCAAUUGGGUUUAAGUCAGGACUCUGGCUGGGCCAUUCAAAACAGUCAGGGAGUUGUUCUGAUGCCACUCCUUCAUUAUUUUAGCUGUGUGUUUAGGGUCGUUGUCCUGUUGGAAGGUGGACCUUCGCCCAGUUUGAGGUCCUGAGCACUCUGGAGAAGGUUUUCAUCCAGGGUAUCCCUGUACUUGGCUGCAUUCAUCUUUCCUUCGAUUGCAACCAGUUUCCCUGACCCUGCAGCUGAAAAACACCCCCACAGCAUGAUGCUGCCACCACCAUGCUUCACUGUUGGGACUGUAUUGGACAGGUGAUGAGCAGUGCCUGGUUUUCUCCACACAUCCCGCUUAGAAUUAAGGCCAAAAAGUUCUAUCUUGGCCUCAUCAGACCAGAGAAUCCUAUUUUUCACCAUCUUGGAGUCCUUCAGGUGUUUUUAUUUAGCAAACUUCAUGUUUCUUGCACUGAGGAGUGGCUUCCGUCGGGCCACUCUGCCAUAAAGCCCCGACUGGUCGAGGGCUGAAGUGAUGGUUGAUUUUCUAGAAUUUUCUCCCAUCUCCCGACUGCAUCUCUGGAGUUCAUCCACAGUGAUCUUUGGGUUCUUCUUUACCUCUCUCACAAGGCUCUUCUCCCCCAAUUGCUUGGUUUGGCCAGACGGCCAGCUCUAGGAAGGUUUCUGGUCGUCCCAAACGUCUUCGAUUUAAGGAUUAUGGAGGCCACUGUGUUCUUAGAAACCUUAAGUCCAUCAGAAUUUUUUUUUGUAACCCUGGCCAGAUCUGUGCCUUGCCACAAUUCUGUCUCUCAGCUCUUCAGGCAGUUCCUUUGACCUCAUGAGUCUCAUUUGCUCUGACAUGCACUGUGAGCUGUAAGGUCUUAUAUAAACAGGUGUGUGGCUUUCCUAAUCAAGUCCAAUCAGAAUAAUCAAACACAGUUGGACUCCAAUGACGGUGUAGAACCAUUUUAAGGAUGAUCAGAAGAAAUGGACAGCACACAAGUUCUAUAUAUGAGCGGCACAGUAAAGGGUCUGAAUACUUAUGGCUGUGUGAUAUUUCAGUUUUUCUUUUUUAAUAAAUCUGCAAACAUUUCAACAAUUCAGUUUUUUUCUAUCACUACGGGGUGCUGUGUGUACAUUAAUGAGGACAAAAAAAAUCACUUUAAUGGUUUUAGCAAAUGGCUGCAAUAUAACAAAGAGUGAAAAUUUUAAGGGGGUUUGAAUACUUUCCGUACCCACUGUGUGUGUGUGUGUCUAUGCAAGAAAGCCAUAUAUGUGUAUAUAUAUGUAUACAUAUAUAUAGCCUUACCGCAGGGGGUAAUCACUGCUCAUAUGGGUGAAGCAGGCAUUAGAAAUCUUUUAAUCCGGUGCAUAAAACUACACUGACACACUGUCACCAGCUCGCUGCUUGUAAUUUAAAAAAAAAAAAAGAAGAAAAAAAAAAAAAAAAAAGCAGUGAGUCUCCAAGUGGCUGCUCUGAUUGUGUCAAAAUGUCUCAAUUACUUAAAUCAUGAAAAGACACAAGUGACCACAUUGUUGUUUUUAAUCUUUAUAGAAACCAGUGACCAGUCUUUUUUGUACUUACAAUGAAGCAAUAUUCAUGUCCAUUUCGUAUGAAAAAAAAGUGUUAUUCUCCUAUCUGUGAGUAUGCAAAGUUUUUUUUUUCCAAAUCAUAUGGUCUAGUAAUGAAAACAACAGUCUUGCUUUGUAGUUUUCUUGUUGAAUCCUUUUUUGUUUCGUGAGUUUGACAUUAACCGUAAAGCAGAUGAAUGAAGUUAAUAAAUGUCUAUGAACGAUGAAAUGAAGGAACAAUGGAGCUGCUAAAAACAAAAUUAGGUUCAUGUCCUUUAUAAAUGUUUGUGUGAAACUUGUGUGCAACAAAUAUACUGUAUAAAGUGGAGCCUCGGGUUAUGAAUGACUGAUUAUGAACAAUUCAGGUUACGUACAGGAUUUUCGCUGAAAACUUACCUCUUGGUACAUAUUACGCAUUCAGUCAAUAAGAUGCGACCAGCAGCUGCCAGAUUAUGAAUGAAUACUGAAGGAGUUCCGCGGAACAUUUUCAUAAAAAAAAAAAAAAAAAAAAAAGUAAACAAAGGGCUAAAGAUAGUGUUUGAAACCACGUUUCAUUGAUGACCAGAAAGAUCAAUGUCAUGCAACUCCGGUAGGCCCUGUUUAUUUUUAUUUUUUAUUUAUUUUUUGGUCUUUGUUAGACUGACCAAACUGCGCUUGCUGAUGACUGAGGCAAUACAAAAGAAAUGUGCAGCAAAUUUGCCAACAGAGCAAUGAAUAUUUUAAAUUACAAUGUGACAUCCCGGCCAGCACGGUGAACACGGUGAGUUUGCAUGUUCUCCCCGUACCUGCGUGGGGUUUCUCUGGGUACUCCGGUUUCCUCCCACAUCCCAAAAACAUGCAUGCUAGGUUAAUUGAUCAGUGGUAUGGAAAAUGGAUGGAUGUGACGUCUGACUUUCUGAUCUGUUUUGUGAACAGCUAUAGUCCUCCUCCUCUUUCCCAUCCAUAAAGUUAUCUUAUUUAGUGUUUUAUUUCUUUAAAAGAGUGUGUUUUCACUUAGUUCUGUAUUGCACUAUAUUUUUAACCACACAGUGAUCAAAACAAAACAAAAAGGUAAGUAUAAUUUAAUUUGGGGGCUGCAACGGAUUAAUUGCAUUUCCGUUGAUUGCAAUGGGAAACUACCGCGAGUUAAGAAUGUUUCUGGUUACAAACAGGGUCACGGAACCAAUUAAAUUCGUAAUCCGAGGUUCCAUUGUACUUACAAAUAUGAAACGUUGAAUCUGGAUAUUUAGGUUUUAUUUUCCUAACAUAAUUAAUCUGAAUGUAAUCGAUAUAACAAGAAAUAAAUUUUAUUCAGAA